GGGCCCUGACUGUGUCUGUCCCCCCCAGGGUGUCGAUAUCCGACACAACAAGGACCGCAAGGUUCGCCGCACGGAGCCCAAGAGCCAGGACAUCUACCUGCGCCUGCUGGUCAAGCUGUACCGUUUCCUGGCUCGCCGCACCAACUCCCGCUUCAACAAGGUCGUCCUGAAACGCCUCUUCAUGAGCCGCACCAACCGCCCGCCGCUCGCCCUCUCCCGCAUGGUAAGUGGGGACGGGGUGGGGGGUCUGCUGGUGCCCCUGCUGGUCCGGCCCACGUCCCUGACCCACAGCCCCUGCCAGCCCGGCCCUACCCAACGCCUCUCCCCUCCCCGCAGGCCCUACGUGCGCUCCAAGGGGCGGAAGUUCGAGCGGGCCCGGGGCCGCCGCGCCAGCCGGGGCUACAAGAACUAAUGGCGCCGGCUUGCACCUGCCUGUGUCUAAUAAAUGGGUCAGAACCGGG